CUCCGAGCCGCUGGACGCGCGUGAAUGAGCCCUAGCGCAGGAUGUUCGUGCUGGUGGAGAUGGUGGACACCGUGCGCAUACCCCCGUGGCAGUUUGAGCGGAAACUCAACGACUCCAUUGCUGAGGAGCUGAACAAGAAAUUGGCCAACAAGGUCGUAUACAAUGUGGGACUCUGCAUCUGUCUGUUUGAUAUCACCAAGCUGGAGGAUGCCUACGUAUUCCCAGGGGAUGGAGCAUCACAUACCAAAGUGCAUUUCCGAUACGUGGUGUUCCACCCUUUCCUGGAUGAGAUUCUCAUUGGGAAGAUCAAAGGCUGCAGCCCAGAGGGUGUGCACGUCUCUUUAGGGUUCUUUGAUGACAUCCUCAUCCCCCCUGAGUCACUGCAGCAGCCUGCCAAGUUUGAUGAAGCGGAGCAAGUGUGGGUGUGGGAGUAUGAGACCGAGGAAGGAGCUCAUGACCUGUACAUGGACACUGGUGAGGAGAUCCGCUUCAGGGUGGUGGAUGAGAGUUUUGUGGACACAUCCCCCACAGGACCCAGCUCAGCCGAGGCUGCCUCUUCAAGCGAGGAGCUGCCAAAGAAGGAAGCACCAUAUACACUCGUGGGAUCCAUCAGUGAGCCAGGCCUGGGCCUUCUCUCCUGGUGGACCAGCAACUAGCCCUGGAGCUCCCAGUGACUGCCCAGCCUGAAGACUGUGCAGACCUGUGAAAGUAGAGAGCAGCUGGCACUGAGUGCUGCUGGAGCCAGGCUUGGUGGGACCAGGAGCAGAGUGACAGGUGCUUGUCCUCUUCCUCCCCAGCACUGCUUCUCUGAUCUGGAGCCACCCUGAAUCGUUUUCAGAGUGUCAUGGAUCCAGGCUGGCUUCUCACUUGCUGUCUAGCAUAGCAUGGAGCUUCUGGUCAUCCAGCUUCUACCUCUUGAGUGCUGGGAUUACAGGUGUGCAGUAUACGUUGAGCUUUGUAGAAGGCAGGGAUGGGUCCCAGGGCUUGUGUACACCAUGCAAGUAUUCUACCAACCAUGCUGCUUCCCCAGCACAAGGACUGACUUUUUUUUAAUUUCUUCAGGGCUGAGGAACCCAGGGCCUCUUUUGUGUUAGGCAGGUGUUGUACUACUGAGCUAGGCCCAGUCCAUCCUAUGGACUGCUUCUGGCUUUCUGUGACAGCAGGAACAUUUAAUAAACACUGACAGCAACAGCAGGAACCGCCCCACUUCA